AUGAGCAUUAGCUCCAUUACUCCAAGCACCAGCAGCACAUCAUCCUCUCAGUCGCGCGACAUCACUUCUGCGCGAUCCUCACUCCCCCUGUCGUCGCGUCGCAUCGCCGUGAUCCACGUUCACGCGACAGCCGCUGAAACCUUUAUCGCCACGCACCGCGGUUAAACUCAACUUGAUCGCAAUGCCGGCCAUGGCGGCCCUCCUCUCGCAGUCGUCGCCUCUAGUAACGCGGAUGGCCGUCCCCUCGUCCCCAUCCGCCUCGUCCUCCCUCUCGUCCUCGUCCCUGGCGUCGCCAGUAUUCAUUUCCCCCAACCGCAUGCCAGCAGCCUCUCACGCCCGAGCGCGAGUAGCAUCGCGGCAGCCCAAGUCGCUGACGGUGCAAGCAGCGACGGGCGACGCGAGCGACGACGGCGACAAUGUGGUAACUCUGCUGGACUACGGCGCGGGGAAUGUGCGAAGCGUGCGAAAUGCCAUUCGCCUGCUGGGUUACGAGAUCAACGACGUGAGCGAGCCCGAGGAUAUCCUAGCAGCGAAGAAGCUCAUCUUCCCGGGCGUGGGGGCGUUCAGAGCCGCCAUGGACGUGCUCAACAGCCGAGGUCUGUCUGAUGCCAUCCGGCAGUAUGUGGCGUUGGACCGCCCCUUCCUGGGCAUCUGCCUGGGGCUGCAGCUGCUGUUCGAUGGUAGCGAGGAGUUUGGCGACGUGGAGGGACUCGGCAUCAUCCCCGGCACCGUGUCCCGGUUCGAUGGAUCCACGGGGCUCACUGUGCCGCAGAUUGGGUGGAACGGGCUGCAGAUCGUGCAAUCUGAGCCGUCCAUCCUGGAUGGGGUGAAUGGGCGCCACGUGUACUUUGUGCACUCGUACCGAGCCACUCAGACCCCCGCCAACAGCGAGUGGGUGCUGGCCACUGCGAACUACGGCGAGCCGUACGUGGCCGCAGUGAGGAAGGGCAACGUGCAAGCCGUGCAGUUCCACCCGGAGAAGUCGGGAGUGGUGGGGCUGGACAUCUUGCGCCGCUUCCUGGGGCCCAACAGGAGCCAGCAGGCCAAGGAGGUGGAGGCGGCGUGCAGCAAGCCCCUGCGCGGGCCCAGGGCGUCGCAGCUAGCAAAGCGCGUGAUUGCUUGCCUGGACGUGCGCGCCAACGACCGCGGCGACCUGGUGGUGACUAAGGGCGACCAGUACGACGUCAGAGAGCAGGGCGACGAGCGCGAGGUGCGCAACCUGGGCAAGCCAGUGGAGCUGGCGGCGCGGUACUUCGAGGAGGGGGCGGACGAGGUGGCGUUUCUCAACAUCACGGGGUUCCGGGACUUCCCCCUGGGCGACCUGCCCAUGCUCGAGGUGAUGAAGCGUGCAUCGGAGCGCGUGUUUGUGCCGCUCACAGUGGGGGGGGGCAUCAGAGACUUCACGGACGCCAAUGGCAGGCCGUACUCAUCCCUGGAGGUGGCAGCAGAGUACUUCAGGUCCGGCGCCGACAAGGUGUCCAUCGGCAGCGAGGCCGUGUUCGCAGCGGAGGAGCUGAUGAGGUCGGGGAAGAAGACCGGCAAGACAGGAAUAGAGCAGAUCUCUUAUGUGUAUGGCAACCAGGCGGUGGUGGUGAGCAUCGACCCCAAGAGGGUGUACGUGCACUCGCCAGACGACGUGCCCUACAAAUGCGUCAAGGCCUCAACACCAGGCCCUAACGGGGAGGAGUAUGCGUGGUACCAGUGCACGGUGAGUGGCGGCAGGGAGGGGCGCCCCAUAGGCGCGUACGAGCUGGCACAGGCAGUGGAGCAGCUGGGGGCGGGGGAGAUCCUGCUCAACUGCAUCGACUGCGAUGGCCAGGGCAACGGCUUUGACUUGGACCUGGUGGACCUGGUGUCGUCAGCAGUCACCAUCCCGGUCAUCGCCAGCAGCGGCGCUGGCACGCCACAGCACUUCUCGCAGGUGUUUGAGAGCACGGGGGCCUCCGCUGCGCUGGCCGCUGGCAUCUUCCACAGGAAUGAGGUGUCCAUAGAGGCGGUGAAGACGCACCUGGCAGAGGAGGGCAUCGAGACGCGCCUGCUGUGAUGCAGAGGGGGAGAAGGGGAUGGACGCAGCUCACGAGUGCAGCACAAGUGUGCGUGUGUGUGUGUGUCAUUCAGAAAAACACUUAUGAUAGGGAUCUCAUCUCAUCUCAUGCACAUGGAGCGCUCGAAACGUUGUUGUAGGAC